UUAUUUAGAAGUACGAAUUUGAAGAAUUUCAAAUAUCUGCGAGAAAUCAUCGUCGGAUUACCAACAAGUGCCAAAACAUGCAGUUUGCCUUGGUUUUCGGCCAUAACUUUUUUGCUAUUAGUCACGUUUUUUGUUGUCGAAUAAAAGUUUUCCCACAAAAAUGGGUGUACCAAUUUUAUGCAUCCAUGUUUGAAUACCCCCUUGAACAGCGUGAAGCAAUAAAACGAGAGUUUACAAUUAUUUCGCAAAUCAGGGGUAUUUUCGUCUAAUAUGUGUUAUUAAAAGAAGUUAAUCAAAACACCUAUCCAGCCAUAAUGGUCGUAAGUCAUAAAUUACUGUUCUUCCCCCGAAAAAAAAUCUACCGUACUCCCCUGGGAAUCUAAUAGAAUGGACUAUUCCACUUUCAUAAUAUCGAUCGAUUUUAUAUGCAAUUAAUUUAUUUUCGUUGGAAAAAAACGUAUUUUAGGUCAUUUUUGCUAGUAUUUUGAAAAGUUGCACGUGAAAGUGCAUGUCCGAUAACGCAACCUUGAGAUUUUAAAGGGACGACCAACUUUAAAAUUGCGAGGCUGCCAUGAUGGUUGUUAGAAAACACAUUCCGGCAAAACGGCAGAUUAUGCCCGCAUGUUCCCUUUUAAUACAUAACAAUUACGUUAUAAUACCUCAUAAAACGGGUACCGUAUUUUUCCUCAUUUUUUAGAGAAAAUUUUCCAACAAUCGGCAAUAUCCGAUUCGCCGUAGUUUUUCCGUAUAUUUAGGUUAAAUUAAAUGUCAGGCACCAUUGCCAUGUGCAUCGUGGUUCGAUGGCGAACAUCGUUUUCGUCGGCAUUUCCGACAGCCAAUAGGAGGCGCGCGGGAAAGGCUCGUGACUUGCGCUGACCAAUCGACAGCGCGCGAUUUGAAUUCCCUCUUCGUUCUUUGUGGUUAACUACAAGUUUUGUAUACAUACGUUGGGUGUACAGUGCUGUCAGUGUUAAAAACCCAUUUAUGCCUGAUUUUGAUGAAAAUACAAUCGGACACGGCGAAAAUCCAUCGGAAAAUAAUACGAAAGUGGAAGCCAUGUCGGCUGCCAUGGACAUGUUCCUGACCGCCAGCGAUUCCCUGUCAUACCCCGACAUCCUGGACAUCGACAUCAAGUCCGAGAUAGACACGCUGGUCGGCGGCCACAAUGAUUUCUCGGGCUUCAACUUCACCGAGAUGCCGUCGCUAGAGUUCGAGGAUGUACACGAUAUCCGAUGGUUCAAUUCGAGCUCUAACCAUUCGACGUUGGACUUCAGCGGCGGGGACGGCGAUGGUCCUACGAUGGUGAACCCGAACGCCGUGAUGCCCGUCGUUUCUUUGGCUAACAACGCCCGUUCCCCGUCUCCAUCUUUUCGAGAGUCUCAUCUCACAUUUUCGCCAGCCACCAUCAAAAUUCCAGGCGCCAAGGCGGUUGUCGAAGCUACUGCACAACAGGCAGUGAAAAAGGAUUUGGUGCGCAAUCUGCAAGACGUCGGCACGAUCGCCGCGGAUCGCAACAAGAAUAAGACUGUGCAGUUACAGACGCAAGUGAAACUAGCCAAAGUCACCCCGAUUCUAGCCAGGCCUGUGUCGACAUCGCUGACCACCGAACUGAAGACAAUCAAAACUAUACAGACAGCUAAAGGCACCCAACAUCCUACCAUUCUCACCUUCAGGAAUACAGUGUCCCGGCCCUUAACCUCAUCUACGAUGACGAUGGCGAGGGCGCACGCUCAAGCGGCCUCGUUGAUCCGCACCGUGACGCCGGUGCGCAAAUUAGUGCAUGCGCCGGCAGUACCCACGCUGACCUCGAGAACCGGCAGCGUUUUCGACAGCGGUACCGGAGAUGAUUUGAGGUUGCAGAUGAGGACGUUCCCGAAGCCCGCGUAUAGUUACAGUUGCCUCAUCGCUAUGGCGCUCAAGAACAGCCGUUCCGGCAGUCUGCCGGUCUCGGAAAUAUACAACUUUAUGUGCAGGCAUUUCCCGUAUUUCAAAACCGCUCCGAACGGCUGGAAAAACUCUGUGCGCCACAACCUGAGCCUGAACAAAUGCUUCGAGAAGAUCGAAAAGCCGGCGUUGAACGGCGCUCAGCGAAAAGGAUGCUUGUGGGCCAUGAAUCCCGCAAAGAUCAGCAAAAUGGACGAUGAGGUGCAGAAAUGGUCCAGGAAGGACCCGCUCGCCAUCAGAAGGGCCAUGGUCAAUCCCGAACACUUGGAAGCGUUAGAACGUGGAGAGAUGAAAUUCUCGUGUUCGAUGGACGAGAACGACACGUUUGGUGGAGAUUCGUGCGGAAGCGCCGAGGAGAGGAGCUCAGAAGAGGGAUCGGAUUCAGAGAGGGAGGUCGAAGAGGAGGAGAUCGAAGUCGAUCACGAGGAACAGUACGAGUAUGUGCAGGUUAAAGAGGAAGGAUCAGACGUUGAUAUUGAGGUAUCCGAUGUAAUGUACACGUCGGACGAUAUAGAAGACGACAAAGAGCUGCUCAGAGUAGAAAUGGCACUAGCUCAGAAGGAGCUAUUAGAGUACGAAAGGACGGUGAAUAACAAAAGGCGGCGAACGUAUUUAAUACAGCAGUAAAGUAAAAACGACAUCUAGUUUAGAUUGUAAGCCGCGUGCGGGACUUUCUUUCCAAAAUUGACAGUAUAAUGGUUUUUUCCAGCUUCUUUUGUAAAUUUUUCAGUAUCAGAUCGUUGUAGUUCAAUUUUGGAAAGUCUCGUCCUGUUACAUUUCUCGGGGGUCUCUAUUUCCUUAUGCAGCAGACAGAGAAGUUCAGGUCUCCUUUCUUUAUGUGUCAGUAGCGAAUGGUUUAGAUCCUUUUUAUUUCUUUUUUUUUUUUUGCUUAUCAGGAAUUCAAUGUGAUUUUCAAUUAUGUGUUCUUUAUACAGUUUACUUUGUUUCCGAACAGGAUUACUAAGGCCCGUAUCGUCAGUCGUCCCUACAAUUGUAAGGCGCGUUUAUGACCUUGAUUGUCAUACUCCUUUCUCUCCUUCAAAAAUUUCUAGAUUACACUGGUCCCGUGUCAGCGUCAGCGCUCUCCUAUUGUAAAGAUAUGUUUUCUUUUUAAAUUGUAGGAAAUUUCACGCUGAUAAAACGUGAUAUAACUCAGAAGCAAGCACAAUUUGAUGCAAAUAGAUGUUUGUGACAUAACCUCAAAAUAGAGCGCUGACACGGAGAAGUAGAAAACUAUGACAAUCAAGGAGGCCAUAAACGCGCCCUACAAUUGUAGGGACGACUGACGAUACGGGCCUAAGAUCGAUGCUGACAAUAUCGAGUGUUUGGUUUGCCAACAGUAAAGGGCGUACCCAGAAGGGGGGAAGUUCAGAAAAAGUAGACACGAUUUUGGGAAAAUUUGUUCCAGUUUCCUUGUAUUCUUAGCGGCUUUAACUUUUCGGUGCUAUUUAAUAUUUUCUCUUAUGCACUUUUUGACAGAAAUGAACGAUUUUUUGCAAUAACCAAUUGAUUGUUGCAUCGAACUGAAUGUGAAAGUGUUUUCAACCCUUUCCCAAUUCUUCAAUGGAUUUAUAGAUUUUGUUAUUUCGAAAUGAGGGACUUUUGCAUUCACUCUAAAUAAUAUAUAAAUCCUUUUGUACAGUUUAUUUUACAACAGGGUUUACAUUUGCAGUUUCCCGAUUUUUCAGCUCAGAUUUCACUCCACAUGUUUCCGAAUUGUACAAAAUCGACUGGAUGAUUAAAAUUUGAAAAACGACUUUUCACAAUCUUUGAAUCCCUCAAAUAAACUCUUGCCUGCGUCUUGAAAUAUAUCAAGGUUUGACUACUUUUUGGAUUCAGUCUCAUCUAAGGAAAUUUUUGAUUGGGUUCAGAAUGAUCAGAAACCAGAAAAAAAAGAGUGAGGGAUUUACAGAUUUUUUGGUAUCAUUAGACAAGCACUUCAAAAUCCAUUGAUAUUUUCCAAGUGACAGAAGGACCAAUGAUUAAUAGUUUUUUGACGAUUGCUCUAUCGCAACAUGACCGAUUAAAAAAACUAUAUUUUUUUGAUUGUAAUAGAGGACCAAAUAUUACGUAACGAACGCCACAAAAAAAUGUAACUACUAUGUUAUAUCUGGAAAUUAUUCUUCCAUUUUAAUUUUUUUUCGCAAUUGCAGAUCGGAUAUAUAAAAUUUGCAGUACGGCAAACGUUUGUUAUACGUGUAAAAGUGGAAUAAUUGACAUGAUUUGUGGAACAAAUUUUUUUUCUGAAGGUGCCACCCCCUCCCCUCUCUUUCAUUUUGAGCUGGGUACGCCCUUACCAGCUGAAUAUUAAAAAUUUUGACUUUUUUAUGAAAAUCUCUUCGCUUUGUUAAUACAUCGAGCUUUUCAAGCUGAUUAAACUUGAAUUACCUCAAAAUGAUUUUCAGAACUUUUUUUAAUUUAAUAGGAAUUUGUAAUAUCCUCUAUAAUCAUGCGCGAUCAAUCCUUUCAAUGUUGUGCUCGUACACAAUUUUAUAUUUUCAAAAACGGCGGAUUCGUUGCCGAAAAUAUAAAAUGAUUAAAAAAAGGGCCUAUUUGAAAGAUAAUCGGAACGAUUUUCUCCGCAUUUUUAUAAGCGUAUUCUUGGUGCAUUGAAUGAACGAAAAGUUGAAACGAAUCAUGGCAAAAACGUGUAUUUUCAGUCAUGAAGCGCGGUUAAUUUUAUAGGAAACUGUUACUAGACGAAUUGAAAGUGUUGUCGAUGGAAAGCGAUCUUUCGUUUAUUCAACGAAACUUUUCUAUCUGCAGCACUUUCUACAAAGAAAAGAAGGAAAAGCAAAGCUGUGUCUGAUCGGUGAUAAUUUGUAAAUAUUUGUAAUAAUUCACUCCUAAUCCUGCCGCAGAUGUUUCUCGAUGAUAGAUUCGUAGCUCGUAAGCGGUUUUAUAAUAAUGUAAAACAAAAACGUGAAGACUGCCAAAGUAGACAGAUAGUUUUUUUACGUGAAAUAUUCACAUACAUCUCUAUCGACUAGUUUUCUUCGAGUUAUGUUUUGCGACGAUCCAGUUUUUUCGUAAUCAUUGAUGUUUGGAGAAUAUAUUUAGCUUUUAAACCAACUGUUCGAUGUUUGUGUCUCGCGCAACAUUUCUCGCUAUUUAAAUGUAAAUUGAUAGGAUGUAUUGUGAUUUCCUGAAGUUUGGUAUUUCGUCGUUUGUGUUAUUAUACAAAGUGAACAAGAUACUUUUUUAAUGGGAAAUUGAGUGUCAGGUUUCGAUAGUGUGUUUGAUGUUCUCCAUGUAAGAAAGUUUUCGGAACGGAUUUGAUAAACGAGUUUUUGCUAUUGUCUGAUAAAAUAGAAAGAUAGGAUUUUUGUUCAUUUUGUAUUAUUCGUCGUUCUGUAAUACUAACAAUCUUACUUGCAAAGUUCAGUAUUCGUAGAAUUAGAUUUGGCUAUAACUUGCUUAACUUUUGGAUAGUUUGGACAAAGCUCGCAUCUAGGAAACUAUCACGAAUUGAUUUCAGUCAUACAAUUAUUUUGGUACCUACUGUAUCUACUUAUGUUAUAUUGAUUUAUGAUAUUUUCUCGGGAAUAUGCGAGCUUUUUUCGAACGAAUGUAAAGCAGUAAAGAAUCUUUGUGCCUUUACGUCCACAAAAGUUCUAAAAAAAAAACAGCAUUUCGCGGUCGAAUCCUGGUAUAGGGACCAUUAGAUGAACACAAGUCGCGUCUGUCAUCGCUUUUAAGGUGCCGCUUAUGCGGUCAUCACUAAUACACGGUGUCCCAACCAAAAAGGAAAGUAGUUCUAUGCGAAAAGAUAUCAAACUUUGAACGUUUGUGAAAAAGUUUAGUUUCCUUCUAACGAUACUGACCGUGUAAGCGAUACCGAACCCUGAAAUGUGAUAAUAAGGAAAAUGUUUCGUUGGCCUGUUGUGCGAGGCCCAGAAACUGCCCAAAGGUAUUUUUUUACUUGUAAGGCCAUCGUAAGAACGGGCCAUCGAAGGUUAUAUGAUGUGUUUAUAUAGCAAAACAUUGGUCGGAAAUAUCUCUGGACUAACUCAUCGAUAUUCUUGGCUAUCCUGGAAUCAACUCGAAUCUGUCGAAUUGUUCUUCCCUGCAUAUUUAUUGCGACAUAUUAGCGACUUUAAUUAUAAAUACAUACUCAUUUUCCGUUACGACUGCUUUUACUGGGAAGGAUGAAAAUCAAAACGUUAUGAUUCCUAAAAAUUAUCAAUAUCAUCCAAUGCAUUGAAACUGGAAUAUUUCAGGAUUUAUCGUCACAAUAUUUUGAGGUAGUCUACAGCAAUUUGCCUUCCAAAUCAAACGACUGAUUUGAGCGAUAUUUCUCAAAACGAACGAUCUGGAUGUUUCGGGAAAUAUCGCCACUAGUGUUAAUACUUUGUGUAUAUUACUUUUUCAUUUCUUAAACUAGCGUAACUGUAAGCACGUGUACAAAUUUUGUUAGUAUUAAGGUUACAUUUGGUAAAUAAAUUGUGAUGUUUCAUAGAAA